AAGAGAGUGAGCUUCAGAGAGAAUAAGUGAGAGGGACGACAAGGACAAGCAGAGAACCAGAAGCUGGAAUUAAAGACUCAGAAGAAAAGAGGAGCAGCGUGUGAGAACAGCAGCCUAUAAGAAAAUCAGCUUUAAGUAAAUAGAGGAGGGGAGUUGGUGUGUACGUGGAGUGCUUCAUUGCCUGUGGCUCUGUCUGUGAUCCACGGUUCUCCUGAGGCCGUGGCAGCCAUGGCGUCAGAGCCAAGCACCCAGUCCAGGGUGGUGUUCCAGGCGCCGGACAAGACUGAAGACCCUGCAAACCGUAAGCUGGGCAAACUGACAGUGAAGUACAACCGCAAGGACCUGCAGAGAAGGCUGGAUAUUGAGGAGUGGAUCGAUGGGCAGCUGCACCUGCUGUUUGACUGUGAGGAGGAGGAGAUUCCAGAGAUAGAAAUUGACAUAGAUGAACUUCUAGAACUGCCCGAUGAAGGACAAAGAACUCGUCUUCAGGAGCUAUUGCAAGAAUGCGGAAAGCCAAAAGAGGAUUUUAUCAACGCGCUGCUCUACAGGAUAAAAGGCCUAAGGAAAAUGUCAGGCCCCUUGAAGAAAUAAUUAUAGGUCAAGUUAAGAAUCAAGAUGGGGAGCGUCUUCUUCCCGAAGGGUUAACUGUUUGAAUGCCUGUAAGAGAGAAUGACACAUCAGUGAGAGCUUACCUGUCUCCCUCCCCCCAGACUGGAUUUUUGUUUUUCCCAAUUUAUGGACUCUUCUAAGAUUUAAACUCCUUUUACAGUAUAUAUAAUGUAAAAGAGAUAAAACUGACACUAUUACCUAGAUGGACUCUUUUCAUGUGUGUGUAGGAGUUAAAAGCGUACAUUUUCAGUUUCUUUUUUUAUGUAAAUAGACAUUUUGUUCAGGUAACAAUGUUGUUGGAAUAAAAUGGAAGCUUUUCAAAUUAAGGCUGUUUGUGCGAAUAAUUAGAUCCAGAGCAAAGUGAUGAACCAGUGUGUUUUAUUAGGCAUUGAUUAUGCACCAACAUGUUCAACUUGAAUAAAUCAUGGUAUCGAAAAAAAAUGGUUUAUUUACUACUUGAAUUAAAUAAGUUAAAAAGAAAUGUAAUACAUUUUUUUUUCAGUGAAUUCUGGUAUUUGUUUCAGUUAACUUUGAAUUUGGCUUAAAGCAAAUGAGAAACCAAAAUUCAGUUUUAGACGAGAAGUUUUUAACACUGGAAUGUAUAGUAACUAACAGGUAAAUCCAUGCCAGUGCUGAGAUGUAAAGAAAUCCCAGUGGGAUUUAAAGCAGCCUUCAGCUAAUUAGUAUCAUGUUUGGUUUCAAUCAUCUUCAAGAAAAACACCCAGGAGUUGUCUAUAUAAUAUGAGGUCAACUAGUUUUACAAGCGAAUGAGGUCUAGUGAAAGCAGUAAUAAAACCACUGACUGUGACCAGCCACCUCUGUACUUCCCUCAGCACUUUACUUUAUUCUACCACUUUCUCCUUCUACUACUUUCAAUUAUAAUGCUAGGAUACAGACCUUAAUUAACAGAAAGCCAUUUGCUUUAAUCAAUUCUAAUCAACAUCAAUAAAAUGCUUGAAAUAUUUCACACCGCUGCACAAAAUUACAGGUUUACUUUUUGAACUGAAUUAAUAAAAAUAGUUAUAUUUAAAAAAAAAUUCACAGCCAAGUUACAUACACAAAACGUACAGCUUCAAUGAAACCUUAAUGCUACCAAACCCUGUUUUCAUCCUGCCAGGUGGUUCAGCGUCUGGAUCCGACUGGAAGACCAGCCGCCACUGUUGUUUUCUGACAUUAAUUUUUCAACAGAGUGAUGGAAACAACAGAAGCGUUGACAGGUCAGGUCUAGAAGUAAACACACUGAAAUCAGCCACAGGAUGUUCCAUUUAGCAAGCAGCCAUUAAACCCAUUCACUUCCUCUCUGUGGCGAUGCAUGACUUCACCAGAAAUGCAAACAUGGCCAUCGUUAAUGGAGGAAGCCCCCAGGGAGUGAUGAUGGCUUCCCCUUCUGUUAGCUAUCCAAUAAUGGAUGCUAAAAAAACGGUCCUCUCACUGUCCUACAUGGGGGUCUUUUCACUGAAAGCUCCAUUACAGUCAUUUGUAUGAUUCUGACUCAUAAAGUCUUUCUAUAUGGCCAAACAGUCAUGGAGCACAGACUGAUAUUUCUCUCAGAUACAUUCCAUUAGUUUUAGAAAAAAUAAUUACAAAGCAGAUGAUUUUGCUUCACUUAGCAUACAAAAAAUGAAUAAAAAA